CUCCCCACACGCUGCACUGUACUCCCAAAUCUGUGGGGCUAAAAUCUUGCGUGACACUAUAAGCCUUUUAUCAACAACCUGUCCAGCAACAAACAUCCCAAGCCAGACAGACCAGUGAGAAGCCUUAAAUUUCUAGUUCUCGUUAAGGACUCUUUUUUCACGAUGGCCGACAGUAUCGAAGCGGCUGCGCCGCACACCACCUUUGAUACCAUCCUGGUCCUGGACUUCGGUAGCCAGACCAGUCAUCUCAUUCUGCGACGUCUGAGAUCUCUCAAUGUCUAUGCUGAGAUGCUCUCAUGCACAACUAAACUUUCAGAGCUGACCUGGAAGCCUGUUGGCAUUAUUUUGAGCGGAGGACCUUCUUCCGUUUACGAUGAUGGCGCUCCUCACGUUGAUCCCGCAGUUUUUGAUCUGGGAGUUCCUAUCCUGGGAAUUUGCUAUGGAUGCCAAGAGCUUGCUUGGCGCAUCAACGGCGAGAACGUCGCUCGUGGAACCACGCGCGAGUAUGGCGAGACAGACCUUGCCAUCCAUCAGGUUGGUGGCCAUGUCGACCGUCUUUUCGAGGGCUUCGGUGACAAGCUGCACGUCAUCAUGAGCCACUUCGACAAACUUGUUCGUCUCCCUGAGGGUUUCGUUACCAUUGCCAGCACAAAGAACGCAGAGUUUGCUGGCAUUGCCCACGAAUCUAAGCCCAUCUUCGGAAUCCAAUUCCACCCUGAAAUUUCGCACACAGCCCGGGGUACUGAAGUUCUCGGCAAUUUUGCCAAGAACAUUUGCAACGCUCGUGCGAACUGGGAGAUGGAGAACUUCUGUGAAAAGGAGAUUAUCAGAAUUCGCAAGCUUGUUGGAGACAAGGCCCAAGUCAUUGGAGCCGUCUCUGGCGGCGUUGACAGCACGGUGGCGGCCCGACUUAUGAAAGAAGCCAUUGGUUCACGAUUCCAUGCUAUCCUCGUGGAUACUGGUUUGAUGCGUCUUAACGAAUGCCCACAGGUUAAAGAGACGCUUCGGGAACAUCUUGGUAUCAACCUGACCAUUGUGGAUGGUGCAGAGCUCUUUCUGAGCCGUCUUGCCGGUGUGGUGGAACCUGAAGCGAAACGAAAAAUCAUUGGUGGGCUGUUCAUCGAUCUCUUCGAGAAGGAGGCUAUUCGCAUCGAGAAAGAGGCCGAGAACACGGCUGUGGCCGGCAAGGUGGAAUGGUUCCUUCAAGGCACUCUCUACGCCGACCUAAUCGAGAGUCUGAGUUUCAAGGGUCCAUCAGCGACAAUCAAAUCCCACCACAAUGCCGGUGGAUUGCCGGCCCGCAUGCAGAACGGCGAAGCACAGCUCAAGUUGCUUGAGCCUCUCCGAGAGCUCUUCAAGGAUGAGGUCAGGAGCUUUGGUCGCCAACUCGGUAUUCAUGAAGAUCUUGUCAUGAGGUGGCCGUUCCCAGGACCCGGCAUCGGCAUCAGGAUCCUUGGCGAGGUCACUGCUGAAAGAGUCGAGAUCGUCAGGCAGGCCGACCACAUCUUCGUUUCCAUGAUCAGGGAAGCUGGUCUCUAUAAUGAGAUCUCUCAAGCAUACGCUGCCCUUGACACCAACAGAGCUGUGGGCGUGAUGGGUGAUUCGCGUGUUUAUGGUUACAUUUGUAUCCUGAGAGCCGUCAAGAGCUUGGAUAUGAUGAGUGCUGAGCCGUUCGAGUUCCCCUGGGCCCUCCUCAGAGCUAUCUCCAGAAAGAUCGUCAAUGAAGUAGAUGGCAUCUCCAGGGUGGUUUACGACACAACCGAGAAACCUCCAGGUAAGACAAACCCUCGGUUUCCCCUCUCACCUUAUCCUGUCACUAUCCCACUGCACUGCCUUCGUACCCAAGAAAUAGUGCUAAUUCGCAGUAGGCACUAUCGAGCUAGAGUAAUUUUCCAGAUUUAAUGAAUAGACUGCUUUCUAGACCCUAGUACGGCUGGCAUGUUGUGUAUUCUUUAAUAGUUGUGUUAAGAAUGUGACUUGAACUUAGCCAUGAAGUAAUCUCACGGAGUUAAUUGCAAUUGACGCUUCGUACACAUUCGAGGCCAGCCUCUAUCAUUUGCGUUGGUAAGAGAGCUCAAAUGGGUCAAAAUGGCAAACCAGGACAACAGCAACCAUUUGGGGGUAAAUAAAGCUGUUCGGCAUGUACGGGACAGCUUGCGUAAGCGGCAAGGUUCGCGGGCAAACAGCCAGGCGGUUAUUGUGGAAUGCUCAGAGGGAUGUCGAACUUGAAGCUCUCCAUGUGAAUCAUAUGCGCCUAAGCCUUGAUUCAUCGUUGCACAAAUAAUCAUAGUUUCGGUACUACAAUACAUCGACUCACCCUACUAGUUAGAGUAUUCAAGGCCCAAAC